CGUGCAUAAAACAUAAACGUUUAAUUAUUCAAGUUCGCUCAACAAGGCGCGAAAAAAUGGCGCGAAAGCUGUUCGUUCUCGUGCUCAUCAUGUGUUCGACCACCGCCCUAAUUACUUGCACCAAUGGCGGCGCCGGCGACGGAGGCGAAGGGCUCCACAUGAAGCUCACCCACGUCGACGCCAAGGGUAACUACACCGCGGAGGAGCUCGUGCGGCGCGCCGUCGCCGCCGGCAAGCAGCGGCUGGCCUUCCUGGACGCCGCGAUGGCCGGCGGCGGCGACGGCGGCGGCGUGGGCGCGCCCGUCCGCUGGGCGACGCUGCAGUACGUCGCCGAGUACCUCAUCGGCGACCCGCCGCAGCGCGCGGAGGCGCUCAUCGACACCGGCAGCGACCUCGUCUGGACGCAGUGCUCCACCUGCCUCCGCAAGGUGUGUGCCAGGCAGGCGCUGCCGUACUACAACUCGUCGGCGUCGAGCACCUUCGCGCCGGUGCCGUGCGCGGCGAGGAUCUGCGCCGCCAACGACGACAUCAUCCACUUCUGCGAUCUCGCCGCCGGCUGCUCGGUCAUCGCCGGCUACGGCGCCGGCGUCGUCGCCGGCACGCUCGGCACCGAGGCGUUCGCGUUCCAGUCGGGAACGGCGGAGCUCGCCUUCGGGUGCGUGACCUUCACGCGGAUCGUCCAGGGCGCGCUCCAUGGCGCCUCCGGCCUCAUCGGCCUCGGCCGCGGCCGCCUCUCGCUGGUGUCGCAGACCGGCGCCACCAAGUUCUCCUACUGCCUCACCCCUUACUUCCACAACAACGGAGCCACCGGCCACCUGUUCGUCGGCGCGUCGGCGAGCUUGGGCGGCCAUGGCGACGUGAUGACCACGCAGUUCGUGAAGGGCCCCAAGGGCUCCCCGUUCUACUACCUCCCCCUCAUCGGCCUCACCGUCGGGGAGACGAGGCUGCCGAUCCCGGCCACGGUGUUCGACCUCCGGGAGGUCGCCCCGGGGCUCUUCUCCGGCGGCGUCAUCAUCGACUCCGGCUCGCCGUUCACGUCGCUCGUCCACGACGCGUACGACGCGCUGGCGUCCGAGCUGGCGGCGCGGCUGAACGGCAGCCUCGUGGCGCCGCCGCCGGACGCCGACGAUGGCGCGCUGUGCGUGGCGCGGCGCGACGUGGGCAGGGUGGUGCCGGCGGUGGUGUUCCACUUCCGCGGCGGCGCGGACAUGGCGGUGCCGGCGGAGAGCUACUGGGCGCCGGUGGACAAGGCGGCGGCGUGCAUGGCGAUCGCCAGCGCGGGGCCGUACCGGAGGCAGAGCGUGAUCGGCAACUACCAGCAGCAGAACAUGCGCGUGCUCUACGACCUCGCCAAUGGCGACUUCUCCUUCCAGCCUGCCGACUGCAGCGCGCUCUGAUCAUCCAAGCCGCCCCGUGUCAUAAUUUCGUAAAUAAAACCAUACAAACUUUUUAUUAAUCAAUCAUGAUAUAAUCAUUCACAAGUAAUUAAUUUGUGGUUAAAAAUAAGGCAGUUAAUACUGUCCGUUAUUCGAGAAUGGAGGUGGUAAUUUGCCUAGAUGUUUCUUCAGUUACGUACCCUAAGACAAAUCUUGAUCGAUCGAGAUGUAAUACAUAAUUGAAGAAACAUCCACUGUCUCGAUGGUGAUCUAGCGGGGUAGGGGGAACUCAAGUCCUCCCAACACCCCACGCUGGAUCCGUCCCUGAGUAGGGCAGAGAGGGAGCGACAGUAGUCCAAGCUACCGUGGCAAUGGCGGAGGGGUGUGAUGUCGCCAGAUCUGCCUCUCCCCAACCCUAUCGCAUGCAGAUAUAUCCUUUGUCACAAUCCUCCAUGAUUGCAUCCUCAUUGAGCUCUAUCGGUUGCCACCGCUGCCUCAUUAAGCUUGUAGCCCUAGACUACCCCUUGAGCUCUAUCACCGCCUCCUCGUCGAGCAUGAUGACAAUGAUGAGCGGUCACCGCCAGCUCAGCCUCCCCCUCUGGCCCUCUUUCUCAUUCUCUCAAAUCUCUAGCCUUUUCUCUCAUUCUCUCAAAUCUCUAGCCUUCUCUCUCAUUCUCUCAUUCUAUCUCGGCUCAUUGAGAGGAAGUGGAUAGCUAGACUCUUGGAGUUGGAGCUUAGUCAAACAAUUUCAGUUCCACUCAAAAUAAUAGUGAAGCUAACUGGAGUGCUAUAACAAAUGAACUAAAGAGAUGGAGUUGGGUUUAGGCUGCUCCUCAACUUUACUCCAGACCUAGCUGUUGGAAUUAUAUUAGGAGUUGGAGUCCUACUAAAUAGGCCCAAAGAAAAGCGGAUUUACUAUUUCACUUACGACAAUUUUUUUGUGGCUCUUAUAUUUCACUUUUUCAUUCAUAGGAUGUUACAUCAAGAUCUGUGUUCUUGUAUCUAACUUGCAGUUACAUUUAGUUCCAGUGCACUUACACUCAGUUACAGUGCGCCAAAAAUAGAUUUACAGUAGUUUUUUCUUUAGAUUUAUGAUUCUUGACAUGUUUGUCUUUUUUGUUAUUGGUUGAAAAUAGAUAUAUUAGCCGAAACUGUCACGUGGACGACAUAUUAGCCGAAACCACCCUCAAAACAACUAUGAGAGUCGUUUUGCACCGAUUUAAAUACUUGACGGGGAGGGGAUGAUAUACCCUUUUUACGGUUAAGAGAUACGAAUCAGAUUAGAUUAGGUAGAAUGGACUUUCUGCACGUCUUUGUAAUAAAAAAAACAAGUAGGCAUGUGGGCCAUGUUCUAUGGGCCGUUUCUUACGGGAGAUAGCUUCGAUGGGCUCUAUCUUUUGGGCCUCCUGUGACCUACAUGGGCCGCACUUCUUUCUAUGAUGGGCCGGGGGCCCACAUGGCGGCAUCCUCUCUCUCUCUCUCUGUGCACCUUAUCCCCUCCAACUCCGAUGGUGGGCAGUGGAAUCUGCUCCCCUCAAAAUCACCUCCCCACCCCCCACCUCCUCGCCGCCGCCGCCGGCCACCGCCGCCGCCGCCGCCGGAGGGGGGAGGGGGACGACGACGGAGGCGCACAUGCUGGGCACGACGGCCGCGCAGCCGACGAGCAGGCGGGGCGGGCUCUCCACACCUCGCACGAGGCAUGGAUUUGGGUGCGGCGUCGACAAGAUGAAUCGUCUGCGGUUGGCGAUUCCCUCCGCUUCAAAGAAUGUGAGCCGCUGUGGGAAGCUUGCUAUCUGCAGAGCACAAAGUGAAGAUUCUAAAGGUGGGGGAGGAUUCUUGACUGGAUUUCUUAUAGGGGGCGCAAUCUUCGGAACAUUGGGAUAUGUCUUUGCUCCUCAGAUCAGCAAGACGCUAGAUUCUUUAUUAGAUGAAAAUGGACAAGACAGUGAAUCUGAUGAACAUGGCCUUGUAAAGCCACGGUAUGGUCGAUAUUAUGAUGAAGGUUUAGAGAAAACCCGUCAAACACUGGGCGACAAGAUAAGCCAACUAAACUUGGCAAUUGACAAAGCUGCCUCCCGGUUGAAGCGCGUUGCUGGCAAUGUGGAAAAGGAAGCUAUUAAUGAUGAAUCAGAAGUAGAGACUUCUUAGAACUUAUCGAAAUAUCUUCAUUCAACGAUAAUGAGCUUGUGGCGGAAAACUUGAACGAGCAAGGAUUUGUGCAAGGUGAAACAGCAACGUAGUGUAUGUUUAAAACAGGCAGCAGAGCAGCCGAGUAAAGCCAUCAGCGCCUUUGGAACAGUAAGUAGACUGCAGAAUCCCAAAUUGAAAAAAUGUUGUAGCCAAUCCAUUUAUAUUGUGGCUAAUUUUGGGGACAUUUUUUCUGCAAACAUGUAGCUGAACUGGAUGGCCUGUCCAACCGAUUGGCAGCAUGAAAUGAAUGAAACAUUUUCGUAUUUGUGCC